AUGCAGACCGCACCAGGGCAGGUGGUGAAGGUUGACACCUCAGUGCUGAAGUACGGGAACCCGGGACCCAUCGCGGACAUACUAGUGCGGCGGGCGUACGUCGCGGGCUACGACCGUCGGCUACGGCAUCCAGCAUGGACAGCAGAGCACUUGACCCUCGCGUCACUCGGGAAGUCGAAGCUUGAGCCGCGAGAGGUGGGCGAGGCGGGCGACCGCUCCAACUCUCAGUUUUCCGAAGACCAGUCUAUUCCUGCUAUGUUCCGGGCGAAGCUGCAGGACUACUUCCGCAGCGGCUACGACCGUGGACACAUGGUCCCAGCUGCAGACGCUAAGAUCUCACAGGAAGCUAUGAACGAGACGUUCCUGUUGACUAACAUUGCACCACAAGUCGGCGCGGGCUUCAACCGACACUACUGGGCGUACCUUGAGGACUGGUGCAGACGACUCACCUCGAGCUUCUCUGACGUCUACGUGUUUACCAUCCCGCUGUACCUGCCGAAGCUCGAGGCGGACGGCAAAUGGCGCGUGUCGCACGAGGUCAUCGGCUCGCCCCCGAACAUCUCCGUCCCGACGCACUUUGCGAAAGUCGUGCUCGCGGCCAAGCCGUCGUCGCCCUCCACUCCGGACGUCGCCGAGAUCUCGGCGGGCGCGUUCGUCCUGCCAAACGCUGUCAUCCCGGACGAGGCGAAGUUGGAAAGCUUCCUGGUUCCCAUCGACGCCGUCGAACGCGCCGCUGGCCUGACGCUCUUCUCGGACGCGAUCAAGGCCCAGUCCAAACAUAUUUGCAAAACGGCGAAAUGCGAGGUCAUUGUACGUAGAUUCGACGACGCCGUCAAGGGAAACAACCGCAAGGCCAUCUCCGGACCGAAGUAG